AUGACCCACUAUAACCGACCAGUGCCAGUGACCAAAACUCCUUUCGCCGGCUACAGCGCCGCACCAUAUGUGGAGUCGCUGCAAUAUGAUGUAGGCAGCAUUCCUGGCCCGAGCCCUCGCUACAAUUCGGGGGAGGACACUGUGCAUCAUGUCAAGGCUCCACCGCACCUUUCUUCCUAUACCGAACCCGAAUACAUUUACGAUGGCAGGCGCGACGCAGUCGCGAAUAUCAACCCUCCGCAACGACCGGGGGCUUGGAAAAAUGUUGGCAACAACUUUGUUGAUGAUGCGCGGGAACCUUCCUGGUCUUAUAAUUCAUGUCCCCCGAACGAUGAUUCUAACGGACUCUCCGCUGCUCUUCCACCACCCAACGGUUACAACUCACAAAACACCCCGUCCUAUCCAUGCUCAGCCACCGUUAACCUCCCAGGUCACUACACGGGCUACUGUGACCCUCGCUCUACUCCGUCAAAUGCCGCAGACAAUUUCGAACGCAGUGGAAUGACCCCCGCCAUUCCAUAUAGUGCUGCCUAUCGCGCAACAGUUGCCUCUCAGAGGGUCGUCCAAGCUAGUCAAAAUCGAAGGAAAGAGGGUGUCAGUCUCUUCGCUUGUGACGAAUGUGGAGCCACGUUGACUUCCCACCAAAACCUGAGACACCAUCUUAAUGCUCACUACAAUAUAAAACCGUUCUCUUGCGAACAUUGCCAAAAAUCGUUUGGAACGGCCCACGACCGAAGUAGACACGCCAAAACAUGCGGGGCGAAGAAACAAAGCGGCAUCCGUUUCUUCCAUUUUAAUGAGUGUAUGUUAGAAAAUUGA